AUGGGGGAGCUUGGCGGAGGAGGAGGGGGAAAGAAGAAGAACAAGAAAAAGGCAUCCUCUGAAGCCGUCGCUCCCGCAACUGCCACACCACAAGCCUCAGCAGAUGCUGAUUCGUCAGCUUCAGCUGCAUCCCAGCCCAAGGAUGGAGGGGAGGUCAUGCUGGCAGCUGCAGCAGCAGUAGUCGCUGCGGCCGCCGUCUCUGUUGCUCCCGAGCCAACCCCUGAGCCGUCACCAGAGCCUGCACCUUCAGCCCCUGAACCUGCACCAGCAGUCCCUGAGCCUGCACCUGAAGCACCGAGCCUACACCUGCAGUCCCUGAGCCUGCACCAGCAGUCCCUGAACCUGUACCCGAAGCACCUGAACCUGCACCAGCAGCCCCUGAGCCUGCACCUGAAGCAUCUGAACCUGCGCCAGCAGCCCCUGAAUCUGAACCUGCACCAGCAGAACCUGAGCCUGCUCCUAAAGCACCUGAGCCAGUGCCUGCAGCCCCUGCAGCCCCUGAGCCUGCUCCAGAGGCCACACCGGUAUCAUCUGAGCCUGCACCAGCAGCACCUGAACCAACGCCUGCUGCACCUAUAA